AGCACAAGCUCUGGGGGACCCCGAAAAGCAGGACCAGGGCUGAGCCCCUUUCCCAGAGCAUGGCCGUGGCCGUGGCCGUGGCCGUGGCCGUGGCCAGGCCUGGGCGGCCGUGAGCCGGCGGUGCGGCGCCAGCUGGGAAAUGCAGUCUGGCCUGGGCACGACGCCAACCUGCCCAGCUGCCUACAAAUCCCAGCACACCGGGGAGACGAGCUGCACCCCAGUCUGGCUCCUGCCUGCUUCCCGACAGCACGGGGAGGGGGAAAUAGAAACAGCAGCAUCCUGGACAAAGUUUGGAUGCUGGCGCUGGACAGGCUGCGCUGGGGAGCAGAGGCAGCGCUCGCGGCUGGAAAUCGAAGAUGGCAGAGCCUGAAGGCACAGUCAUAAACACUGAUGUGAAACAGAAAGACCCCAGUGAGGCACUGGUCAUUGCAGUGACCACCAGAGCCAUCUUCAACCUGGAGGAGGAGCACAAGCUCUACCUGGAGAAGGGCAAGGAGGAGUACACAAGGCACCAGAAAUCCAACCAAGACAAGCCCCUGCAACCAGGCACAGCCUUUGCCUUCAUCCAGGCAGCACAGUAUGUGAACAAGAAGAUCCUGGAGAGCAACCCAGCAGAGAAGGACCUCUUCGACAUCCUGGUGCUCUCCAACAACAGCCCAGAGAGCGGAGUGCGUAUCAUCAACAGCACCAAGCACUACGGCCUGGAGAUCUCCAAGUUCUGCUUUGUCAGCGAUGAGGACUCCACACAGUACCUGAAGUCCCACGGGGUCAAGCUCUUUCUCUCAGCUGACAGGACAGAUGUCUGCAACGCCCUCCGGAGAGGGGUCUCCGCAGCACUUGUCUUCCAGCAAGAGGUGCAGGCCCCCAGCACCCCUCUCCGCGUGGUGUUCGAUGGGGAUGCCGUGCUCUUCUCCGAUGAGACAGACCAGGUCUUCCGGGAGCAGGGGCUGGAGGGGGCAGUGCAGUACGAACGGGCGAUGGAGGCUGUGCCCAUGGGAGAGGGUCCCCUGAAGGCUUUUGCCAUGCACCUUGGAAAGAUGCGCAACAAGUUCAGCCAGGAAAAAUCCCCCAUCCGCACCUACCUGGUGACUGCCCGCAGCGGCCGGGACAUGGGCAUCCGAGCCAUCAAGACGCUCCGGGAAUGGGGUCUGGCCAUUGACGAGGCUUUCUUCAUGGACGGGGCUCCCAAGGGCCCCAUCCUCGCCCAGAUCCAGCCCCACAUUUUCUUUGACGAUGGGCUUCAUAACAUCCAGGGAGCUCGAAAUGUGGGUGUACCCUCUGCCUGGGUCCCCUCCUGCUGCUGAUGGGCUGCAGGCCAGCAGUCCUCCCUCCCAGCAGCACAGGGGACCUGGCCAGUUGAAGGCAAACCUGGUGGAGAGGGAAGGAUUUCCUAACCCACAGCAAGCAAACCUCAGGGAAAGGGGGUGAGAGCAUUGCAUGAGAGCAAGGACUACCAUGCAGACUUGAUCCUCAUUUCUGCUCCUAAUAAGUGGUUCUUUAGGUCUUAGGAUAAAGCCAAAAGAUGCAACUGCUCCAGGAAGGAAGGGCACCUUUGCUGUGGUACUGAGGGCUACCACCUACCUGCCCUGUAGGACCUGGAGACUUUUCGCUUCUGGAAAGAAAUAAACAAAGCUACUGCCCCACACAUGAGCUAAAGGAAGCUUGAAAACAAGCACUAAAAAUGCUAGCUUUGGCUGUGCUCACACAGCCUCCAAGAUGUAUUCCCAGGACCUCUGCCUAAAGGAAGCCCUCAAGACCCUGAGUCACCAGACACACUCAGCUUGGUUUCCUGAGGAGGAUGAUGUGCUAGCAAGUCCUUUAGGAAGCUCCAUCCAAACUCGGCAGAAGGAGAAAGGCUUCAAAGCUGUCAAGGACAUACAGACUUUUUAGAAAUGGAUGAUGAGGUUGAAGAAAGCAAGCCCAAGCUAUUCCUCCUUAUAGAAGAGAUUCUAGCACAUGUCACCUUUCCUUAGGCCUGCAGGCUGCUCACAGAGUGCCCUUAGGAGACCUGGACCCGUAGGACACUCAGCUCUGAGGUUCACCCAGGCACCAGAGGUGCCUCAUAGCUCCAAUGUGCCUCUGGGAGAGAGGACAGGAGAUGGGCUGCCCACAGCACAAGCCACGCAGGGCCGGGGCUGUGGGCUGCAGGCAGCCCUGCAGGGGCCAGGACAGGACUGUGUGCCCAGCCUGAGCUUAAAUGGGACUCCAGGGCCAUGGGUGGGGGUCCCCGGUGUGGCUGCUCAAGGCAGAUGGGGUCCGUGAGUGUGCUCUAGACCCUGCCUGGCACCAAACCACCCACCCAUGCAGCGAUGCCUCUCCUGUGGCAAUUUGGAGUCUGCUCCUAAUUUUCCUGGGAAUCAAGCAGUCCCCAAGAUUCAUUUGCAGGUUUCUUUCCCCAGAGCUGGAUGUGAGCGGUUGCCACUAGAGGACACUGUGCUGCCCAGGGACACGGCACCCCACGUCCCUGGUAGCUCCCCAGAACAGCCUGGUAAAAAAAAUACAAACUGGCUGCUCAGGGCAGUGCCUGCUGGGUGGCAGUGGGAUUAUGGACAGAGGAGAAAAAGAUGACAGUGGCUUCAGUUUUUUAAUCUUCAUGUAAUCAGAAAGUCGGGGUUUUUAAAAGCUUCACAAGCAUCACUCUCAGCAAUGCUUUCUUCCCCCCAACAAAUAAGUAAAUGAAUAA